ACUUACUUUUGUUUGUUUGUUUACUAAAGAGUUUUGCCGUUUCUCUCGUAUCACACACAAACAGUGGUAGGUGGCGAAAACUCAAGGGGAAGAUGAUGACCGGAAGCACGAAGGCGUCUUUUAGCUCGAUGAAAGAGUUUCUGAAGGAGACGGGCGGGUAUGCGGUAAUAGACGGCGGGCUUGCGACGGAGUUCGAGAGACAUGGAGCAGAUCUCAACGAUCCUCUCUGGAGCGCCAAAUGCCUUGUCACUUCUCCUCACCUCAUUCACACCGUGCAUCUCGAUUACCUUGAAGCUGGUGCUGAUAUCAUCGCCAGCUCUUCUUAUCAGGCCACGAUUCAGGGGUUUCAAGCAAAGGGCUUUUCUAGUGAGGAAAGUGAAUCUUUGCUUAGAAAGAGUGUAGAAAUAGCUUGUCAAGCUCGGAACACUUACUACGACAAAUGCGGAACUAGCUCCUCCAUCGAUGAUAUCAUUCUUAUAAAGCGGCCUAUACUAGUUGCAGCAUCAGUAGGUAGCUACGGUGCUUACUUGGCUGAUGGUUCUGAAUACAGUGGAAUCUAUGGUGAUUCCAUCACGCUUGAAAAACUCAAGGACUUUCACCGCAGACGAGUCCAAGUUCUGGCGGAAUCUGGUGCUGAUCUAAUAGCAUUUGAGACCAUUCCAAACAAGAUAGAGGCUCAGGCAUUUGCUGAGCUGUUAGAGGAGGGAGAUGUGAAGAUUCCUGGGUGGUUCUCAUUCAACUCAAAGGAUGGCGUGAACGUGGUUAGCGGGGAUUCCAUCAAGGAGUGUAUCGCCAUAGCUGAAUCUUGUGACAAAGUAGUGGCGGUUGGAAUCAACUGCACCCCUCCAAGAUUCAUCGAGGGCCUAGUUAAUGAGAUUGGAAAGGUGACAAGCAAGCCCAUACUAGUGUACCCAAACAGCGGAGAGAGCUAUGAUGCUGAAAAGAAGGAGUGGGUGGAAAACACAGGAGUUGGGGAUGAAGACUUUGUAUCAUACGUGGAGAAAUGGAUGGAUGCAGGAGUGUCUCUUCUGGGAGGUUGCUGCCGCACAACACCAACCACAAUCAGAGCCAUCCACAAGAGACUCGUCAACCGCAGAUCUCAUUAGCACGAUCAACUUCACUUAUGAAUCUCUGGAAUUUUGUACCAAACGGUUGUUUUCCCUUAUAGGCAAAAACAUAAAACAAAAACCAAAAAAAUACUGUAGCCUGUUGGUGCGUGCUCCUCUUACUAAUCUCUCAUUUUGGCUUGCAGAAAACAAAAAUACUUAGCCUAAUGAGAAUUACUGGCCUGAUGAAGGGACCAAUUCUCAUAAAUCAUUAGAAACUUCAAUAACUUUUGUUUUUUUUAUGUAUCCGAUUUUGAGAUUUAUCUC